UUACAUAGUACGUGUUCUACUUCUAAUAUCAAACAGUUCAUCAAGUGUGUUAGGAUAGCGGUUUAAUUUAUCUUUAUAAAAAAAAAAAAAAAUUAUUCGAAUUUUAUAUUAUAAUGAGAAAUAUAAUCAUGAUAGCACUUUCUUGGAAUUUGUUUAACAACUUUUGGUGUCAAUAAAUACAAUUUAAAAAUGUUUACAACAAAAUCACCGCAAAUUUUUACAAUCUCAAAAAUGAAACAACUUCCCAAUGAAAUGAUGAAUGAUGAAAAAUUAUGGUUGGAAUUAAAACCAAUUCUACAAGUAUCACGACUCUUUGGUCUUGCUCCAGUUUCCUUAAAGAAUUCAAAGUGGACUUUUUCUAAAAUUGGAUUACUCUAUUCCGCACUGUGUUUUGCAUUCUAUAAUUAUAUAUUCAUCGAUCGAAUUCUUAUAUACAUUAAAGAAGAUUGGGAAAUUAAAUUAUUAAUUCUCUAUGUGACAAUUGUUGUUACAACGGGAUCUUGCGUUAUUAUGGAUUUUAUUAAUUGUCUAUUGGGAUAUAAAAAAUUACAGGCAUAUUUAAACAAUAUAAGACGUUUCGAUUUAUCAAUGAAGUCAAGAUAUUGUAAAUCUUCAGAUAUGUUGAUUAAAUUAUAUUGGAGAGUACUUAUUGGAAUUUUAAUAUUCCUUCUUCCAAUUUCUGUACUUACUUAUAAGGUUGAUCAAAAACCAAUACUGGGAGCAUUUACUUAUUUUAUGUUUUGUGCAGUAUUGAUGAUUGGAAUAUUAAAAUUUCUUGCCUUCACUAUGAUUAUUUUUAUUAGAUUUCGAGAAUUUAAUAGUAAAUUGACCGAAGAUGUGACAUUUGUAGUUGAAGCUAAAGAAAAAAAUAAAAAACUCAAUUGGCAUGGACUUUGGAAGAAACAUAAAUAUUUAAUAGAAGCGUCAAAAAAAUUAAAUUCAAAAUAUUCUCUUCAACUUUUACUAUGGUUCUCAGUACUCUCUUUAAAUUCAAUUUUACAAAUUUAUGAAUUUCUUAAAGGUGAUCAUAAAAUUAUUGAAAAUAUUCGGGAAAUGUUACUUGCAUUAUUUUUUAUUCUAUUAUUAACAGCAUUAGCAACAAUUUGUCAUUUUACUGCUGAUGAGGCUAAACAAAUGGCUAGUAUAUUAUCAUCGCCUGAAUAUUGUCAAGAAUGUAAUUUUCAAGAUCAACAGAUUGUUUUUUCACUUGGUCAAUAUUUUCAAUUCAACGAUUUUAAUUUCUCAGCUUGUAAUUUUUUCAACAUCAAUCUUGCUGUACUAUUAAAAAUAGCCAGCGCAAUAAUAACAUAUCUAGUUAUAUUAAUGUAAAAAGAGAAACUUUAAUUACAUAUAUAAAAAUGAAGUAAACUCUCUAAAUAUGAAUCAGUGAAAAAGUCACUGGUCUCAAAUCAGUCGCU